AUGUGUGGCAUAUCUUGCAUCCUUGCCCUACAGCAUUCCCAUCACAAGCUUCCAGAUGUAGCCAAGCUCAACAAGCCUAUUCCUGGUGUUCAAACAAACGGUGACACAGAUCACACAAAGCUUGCCGUCGAGCUUGAUGCUUCUCUUGACCAGAUCAAACACCGCGGACCCGACUCUCGCGGCCAGUGGAUCAGCAAUGACAAGCGCGUUGCUUUUGGUCAUGUUCGUCUAGCCAUCAAUGACCUGUCACCCGAUGGUAUCCAACCUUUCCAUGACAAUGAUCGCACCGUCCAUGCCGUCGUCAAUGGCGAAUUCUAUGACUACGAUAACAUCCGCAAAGACCUCGAAGCCAAGACAGACUACAAGUUCCGUGGUCGUUCAGACUCGGAACUCGCCAUUGCUCUGUACAAGUACUACGGUCUCAACUUCCUUCAUCACCUGAGAGGCGAGUUUGCCUGUGUCAUCUUUGAUGAGUCGCAGCAGCUCUUGAUUGCAGCCAGAGACAGAUACGGCAUCAAGCCGCUGUUCUGGACUGUCCAAGACGGACGUUUGCUGAUUGCGGCCGAGAUCAAGGCUUUCUUGCCUUUGGGCUGGAAACCCGAGUGGGACGUCAAAAGUCUACUCGAUGCUGGCUGGAAUCACGAUGAAAGAACUCUAUUCAAAGGCAUUGCCAAGGUCCGUCCUGGCCACUACCUCACCUGCCAAUCUUUCGACCACAUCGAACAGCGCCCUUACUGGGACAUCAGCUACCCCGACAAACAUGCAGUCGAUCCACGUACCCCCGAAGAGAUGAUCGAGGGAGUCCGUCAACGCAUGCUCGACGCCAUCAAACUACGUCUCCGAGCCGAUGUUCCCGUUGGAGUCUACCUCAGUGGUGGUAUCGACUCGUCAGUAAUUGCUGGAAUGGUCACACAUCUCGUCAAGGAGCAGGGAAUAGCCAUGGGCAGCGCAAAUCCCACAGACCGCGUUUCGUGUUUCAGUAUUGCAUUCGACGAAGAGUCUGGCUUUGACGAAUCCGCCAUUGCCAAUCGCACCGCUGAAUGGCUCGGAGUGCGAUACAUUAAGAAGCACAUGAAUGAGGAAGAGCUGGCCAAGCGUUUUGAGGAUGCUACUUGGCACUGCGAACACCACAACCCCGACUUCAACUUUGUCGGCAAGUAUGCACUUUCAGAAGUUCCUCAAGAAGUCGGAUUCAAGGUUGUUCUGACUGGUGAGGGCGCCGACGAGAAUUUCGCCGGCUACCCUCUGUAUCUGCCAGACUAUCUCCGCGAGUCUGACCUCAGUUGGACAAAGCACAACACACUGCCUGAAAGUGAGAGGGAGCACCAACUCGAUCUCGCAGAAACGGCCGCCAUCGACUACUACACUUCUGUUGGUGCUGAUGUGUCAAAUCGAGGUCCAUCUGUUGCACGCCGCAUGCUCAAUGACAUUACUACUGUCAGUAGUAUGGCGGCUUUCCAGCUCGACAUCUUUGCUCCUUGGACGAGUUGCUACGGUAAAUGUGAUCCCCAGGUCACAAUUGCCAACAAUGCCGAUGGACGUGUUCGUAAUCUGAUCACUGACUCUUGGCAUCCUCUCCAUUCGGCGCAAUAUGUUUGGUCCAAAGGACAUUUGGCCAACAUUUUCUUGACAUGUCUUGGUGAUCGUACAGAGAUGGCACACAGCAUUGAAGCACGCACACCCUUCCUUGAUCAUCCGCUGACCGAGUAUGUCAACAAUCUCCCGCCAUCAGCCAAGCUCAGGUGGGAGCCCGAAGCAAAGAGGUUCACCGAAAAGUGGGUACUGCGAGAAGCAUCAAAGCCUUUUAUCACAAAGGAGUUGUAUGAACGCAAGAAGCACCCCUACUCUGCGCCAACAACUUGGCCCAAGGGUGGACCUCUGAACAAGCUCCUAGAUAAACUGAUCACUGAAGACAGCAUCAAACAGUUGGGCUUCGUUGACUGGGAGAGAUGCAAGGGGCUGACGGCUAGGGCGUUUGGUGAGAAUGGUGACCCUAUGGCAAUGAGAUAUGCCAUCGUCGUGGCUGAGUGGGUCAUUCUGGGGCAGCGAUUCGGUGUCGCAAAGGCCGAGAAGCCUGAGGGAUAUUGA